AUGAACCACAUACCGUUGCCUAUUGAUGAUUUUGCCCACGCUCCGUUGGAAGUGCCUCAUCUCUGUAACGACAGGUUCCGCUAUGAUGACCAUGGUUUCUUGACGUACCCGCAUCGAGCUGGCCUGGAUCUUGAGAAUAUCAUAGAGAAAGGUCUUGUGGAGAUCGAUACUCUUGCACCGGCAUUGCAAGCAUGGCUCUGGUUUGGUCUUUUAGGAGAGAUUCUCAGCAUCGGCUCAAGGACACAUGUCACACAGCGGAUAGCGAACUACAAUGCCUUUGUGACUGAGAAUUCCGAAGGAUCUAGUGUGGUUUCCACGACUAGUUUACUCCGAUACAUCAAAGAAGUCUGUCAGAGAAACGAGACGCUGCGCCAGGAUGGCUUCUAUAGCCAACGAUAUUACGCUAGUUUGCAGGUAGCAACGACAUCGAUUAACAGCCUUUUAUCUACUGAGAUGUGCCGCAAACACAUCGAAAGCGGCUGUCAAUUCUCUAAACUCCCAGUCCUGCUACAUGUCAUUCUAUCCAUCCAGAUUCUGAUAGAAUCGCUUCAAGCGGCUGAAUCCGUCCUCCUUCCCGGGAAGUGGGAUUCGCUCUCCCAACCGACCAUGGAAUUCCUUGACUGCGAAUUAGUGGACAAAUUGCUGAUCGAAGCCGGCUGGUGCAAGCAUGAGGUUAACAAGCUCCCUCGUUCAAUACGGUUACGGUAUUAUCUUAGCUUCCUGCGUCCCACCGAUUCCGCAGAAGGAAAAGAGAAUCACUUGUCUUGCAGUAAGGAUGCUUGUGUCCAUGCUCCUCAGAUUAUAGAUGAGCAAAACAUCAAGCCUAAGCAUGUAACGAAAGACUGCAAGUGUUCUAUAGAGACGAUACAAGAUCUGCCCGUGGCAAACCUUGCCGAAACAGGGGCAUAUCCACUGCUGAGAUUUGCUCAGACAGAUGGUGCAUCGCGAAAGUUAGAGUUACUUGAGACGCGGUUCAACGCCAACGGAACGGAUGAGAUCCCUUUUGUUGCAAUCAGCCAUGUUCGCCACCGUGGGCUCGGCAAUGCUAAUGCUCACUCGCUGCCUUACUGCCAACUCGCGCACAUUCAGGAACUCGUCGACAAGAUUUGCUUCCCCUCUGGUGGUGCCACAAGCUCUAUGCCGUUCUGGCUAGAUACUAUGUGUGUACCCUCGGAGCGUCGCGCCCAUAUAAAUUCUCUUAAGCGCAUUCGCAAAAUCUUCAAGCACGCUUGGCGCGUUCUCGUUAUUGACCAGUCCCUUUGUUCCCAUGACAUUGGUUCGCCAGAGGAUGCUUUGAUACGGAUUCGAUUCUCGCUUUGGAAACGCCGACUAUGGACUUUGCAAGAAGGUUUCGUUGUGCCUGCCUCAAAACUGAUAUUCUGUUUUGCAAACGGUCUCUUUUCACUUCAGGAUCUUCUCGAUCGUUACGAAGACAAAACUUUGAUGCCAUUUCCACUAUUGAAGUGCGCAAAGUUUGUUGGAUUUCGUGUGCUUCCCCAUCUAAAAAAGACGCUCGACGUAUUGAGUGAUGAUAUUAAGAUACUAGCGGGCAUGUCGCCUGCUGUUAUUGAGCGUAACUGA